UUCCGGUUCACCGUGCGUGACUGCUCGCCGUCUGUUCGCUGUUGCGAAAAAGCUAAGUAGCGCUCUAUCUGUGUGCUUUUAAUUGUUCUACGGCUUUCUUUAUCACUUCUCAAACAUUUUUAGUGGUACUAUUUAACUUGCAAAUCACCCGAUCUCUGUCCCACCACCCUUUCCUCAGCUAGCUAGCUGCUAAGCUAGCGCGGAGAAAGGCAGCGCCGGUCAGUAAGAAGCUACUCCUACAGACCGCGACCACUUCCCUGAGGACAGCAGGAACUUCACUUGGUGACAGAAAACACUGUGAGUAAUGGCUUCCUGCGCGUCUUGCACCAUACUCACGGAGAGGUUGGCUCUGCUAGAGGGCCGUGUCCGCCAGUUAGAGCAGAGUAAUGUCGUAACUUUAGAUGUUGCGGACACAUCUGCUAGCGUUAGCUGUAGCGAGCUAACUAGCCCAGCUUGUAGCAGUCCUAAGCGGCCUACAAGCUACGGUGUACCGGUUGAGACGCAUAAUAGAUUUAGCUCUUUAGCUAGUCCUACACCCCAGUCUACCGGGCACCACACCUUAGUUAUAGGGGACUCCAUCACCCGAAACAUAAAGCUUAGCAAACCAGCCACAAUAAAGUGUAUCCCCGGGGCCAGAGCACCUGACAUUGAAGCUAAUCUUAGGGAGCUAACUCGCAACAGGCCUAGUAAACACGUACGACAGGCUAAUCGCACCACUAAUUAUGCGAAUAUAGUUGUACACGUUGGCUCCAAUGACACUAGAAUGAGACAGUCAGAGAUUACAAAGAGAAACAUAGCCAGGACUUGUGAUCUCGCCAGAAAGAUGUCCAGGCAUCGAGUAAUUGUCUCUGGCCCCCUGCCUGCGAGAGGCAAUGAUGAGAGAUAUAGCAGAUUAGUCUCGCUUAACAAGUGGUUGGCUUGCUACUGUAGGCAGCAGGGACUAACGUUUAUUGAUAACUGGCCCUCUUUCUGGGGCAAACCAGGCUUGCUGAUGAGAGACGGCCUUCACCCUAACCAGGAAGGCGCCAUCAUCCUGUCUAGAAACAUAGACUACUAUUUAAGUCUCACUUGACUGACUACACUAGAGCAAGCCCGGUCACAGGCAAUUACAAUGUCUGUUAGUCCGGGUGAGGAGUCAGUUAAGCUAGAACUAGCCAGCGCCAGGCUGGAUAAUCCAUGUACGCAUAGCAAUUCUCUUAGAAUAAUACACAAUUCACAUAAUGUUUUUUCUGUUGUGUCUGUGUCAGGGGUGGACAUGCAUUCUACUGAGGUGGCAAAUUAUGAUAUGUCCAGUCUAUUGCAGCACCAAGCAAACAAUCGGAAAAUUCCCGUCAUAUCAAUUCCUAGAUAUGGUCGAAACUAUUUAAAGUGCACUACGCAUAAUAAACGCAACAUUGUUAAUAUUGCCACUACGGAUAAUCUUAACAAAAACUCGUCAAAACAGCCCAAUACCUAUAAUAUGGGCUUUUUAAACAUAAGAUCAUUGUCUCCCAAGGCGUUAUUGGUUAAUGAGGUCAUUAGAGACAACAAUCUUAACGUCAUUGGUCUUAGCGAAACCUGGCUCAAACCGGACAAAUUUUUUGCGCUCAAUGAGGCAUCUCCUCCUAACUAUACGAAUGCGCAUGUUGCCUGUCCUCUUAAAAGGGGAGGGGGUGUCGCACUAAUAUACAAUGAAAAUUUCAACCUUACCCCUAACCUAAAUAAUAAAUAUAAAUCGUUUGAGGUGCUUACUAUGAGGUCUGUCACACCGCUACCUCUCGACCUGGCUGUUAUCUACCGCCCCCCUGGGCCCUAUUCGGACUUUAUCAGUGAAUUCUCAGAGUUCGUUGCUGAUCUAGUGACGCACGCCGACAAUAUAAUCAUAAUGGGGGACUUUAAUAUCCAUAUGAAUACCCCAUCGGACCCUCAGUGCGUGGCGCUCCAAACCAUAAUUGAUAGCUGUGGUCUUACACAAAUAAUACAUGAACCCACACAUCGCAACGGUAAUACAAUAGAUCUAGUGCUUGUCAGGGGUGUCACCACCUCCAAAGUUAUGAUACUUCCAUAUACUAAAGUAAUGUCCGAUCAUUACCUUAUAAAAUUUGAAGUUUUGACUCUUUGUCAACAAGCUAAUAAUAAUAAUAACUGCUAUAGCGGCCGCAACAUUAAUGCUGCCACAACGAUGACUCUUGCUGACCUACUGCCUUCGGUAAUAGCACCAUUCCCAAAUUAUGUCGGCUCUAUUGAUAAACUCACUAACAACUUUGACGAUGCCUUGCGCGAAAUUAUUGAUAGUAUAGCACCGCUAAAGCAAAAAAGGGCCCCUAAAAGGCGCACCCCAUGGUUUACAGAAGAAAUUAGAGCUCAUAAAUUAUCAUGUAGAAAACUGGAACGCAAAUGGCGCGCGACUAAACUUGAGGUUUUCCAUCAAGCAUGGAGUGAUAGUUUAAUAACUUAUAAACGCAUGCUUACCUUAGCUAAAGCUAAAUACUACUCAAAUCUCAUCCGCCUCAACAAAAACGAUCCUAAAUUUCUGUUUAGUACAGUAGCAUCGCUAACCCAACAAGGGACUCCUCCCAGUAGCUCCACCCACUCGGCAGAUGAUUUUAUGAAUUUCUUUAAUAAGAAAAUUGAACUCAUUAGAAAGGAGAUUAAAGACAACGCAUCCCAGCUACAACUGGGCUCUAUUAACACAAAUACGACUGUAUAUACGACGGACA